CAAAUUUAUGUCCGCAUGCGCAAAUAUGGUUCUGGUGACCAGAAGCGAACGCAGUUCAUUGAAAAUGUACGGGGGUACACGCAUUCUGGUUAUUUUCUCUCAAUUUCUGCAGGAGUUGUCUUUUUUUGCUUUAGAAAUUUGAAGACUGCUUCUGUACAGGAGAUGGGGGAGAAAGGUCAACGUACUACCAUUGCCUUUGAUGUGUCCAAACGAGAGUUAUUCAGUCCUCAGAAUGGAUUCAAGUCCCUGCACAAAAAGCUGCGCAGUAGCUGGAAAAUCACAAGUCAAAAAGAUGAAAUCACCGAGGAUAAGUUGGCAAAUGUCAAGGUCUUUGUGUUGGCUGGACCCAGGGAAAAGUUCACAGCACCUGAGUUUGAGGUAAUCAAGAGAUAUCUAGAGAGUGGAGGCAGCGUGCUAGUCAUGAUGGGGGAGGGAGGCGAGACCAAAUUUGACACCAACAUCAACUUCUUACUGGAGGACUAUGGUGUCAUGGUCAACAAUGACAGUGUUGUCAGGACGUCAUACUACAAAUACUUCCACCCUAAAGAAGCACUUAUAGCAAAUGGUGUAUUGAACAGAGCAAUAAGUGUGGCAGCUGGCAAGGUGGCUCAUAGCAUCAGUGAAGAUGAGGCAGUCAAUGAUGCAAAAUCUGUUGAUUCCAAUUUGACUGAAAGGAAAGAGGCGUCUCCUCCCACCAUUACCACUCCACCUGCUGGGGAGACGGGUGACGAUAAACAGUCCAAUUACAGGGAAGCUUUGACAUAUCUCUUCCCCUUUGGAGCGACGUUGAACGUAGCCAAGCCUGCCACAGCCAUUCUGUCCACAGGAACGGUUGCCUUUCCCCUGAACAGACCCAUAUGUGCUCUGCAUUCAUCAAAGUACUCCAAGGGUAAGCUUGCUGUUCUGGGCUCUGUCCACAUGUUCAGUGAUCAGUACAUUGAUAAGGAAGAGAACGCCAAGAUUAUGGACGUCAUCUUCCAAUGGUUGACUACAGACAGUGUCACACUCAAUGCUAUAGAUGCGGACGAUCCGGAGAUUUCUGACUACAACAUGCUGCCAGACACAGCCAAACUGGCUGACAAUCUGAGAUGUUGCCUUCAGGAACACGAUGACACACCACGAGAUUUCAACUCACUAUUCCACAGUUCACUGUACACUCUGGACACUACCACUGUACCCAAAGUAAUCAGGUCGUUUGAGUUAUUAGGAGUGAAACAUGACCAGCUGUCACUGAUCCAACCUCAGUUUGAGACUCCGCUGCCUUCACUUCAACCUGCUGUAUUUCCCCCGGCCUUCAGGGAGUUACCAGCACCAGCCUUGGAUCUGUUUGACCUUGAUGAAUCCUUCUCAUCAGAGAAAGUCCGACUGGCUCAGAUCACAAAUAAAUGUACUGAUGAUGAUCUUGAGUACUAUGUGCGUGAGUGUGGAGAGAUCCUAGGAGUGAGCAACAAACUACCUGCUGAUAGCCGAGAUGCUAAGCAUAUACUGGAGCAUAUCUUUGCACAGGUCGUAGAAUUCAAGAAACUCAACCAGGAGGAUGACGGAAUUGAGGAUGAAGGCAUCUACUGAGAGAUAACUGCUCAAUCAAGCUCAUGAAACAGCAGUUGGGUAUCCCACACAGAGAUAUAUCAAGAAGUGUCUGGGUCUGUUCAGCCUUGGUUUAAACUGUUUUCCCUGUUAUGUUAAGCUGCAAAUAAGUGUUCCAUGGUUUAUAUAUAAAAUCUACUCUUUGUCACAAUGCACUCGUGCAUGGAGAGUAGAUGGAGCUUCAUGACUACCUACAUGUACAAGAGCACUUUGUACAGAACACUUGCGCCCACUUGUUUACCCUGCAUGUAUGAUUGAGGUACCAUUAGCAGGUGUUUGUGCUCCGUACAUUGUGAAGCCUUUUUUGGUAAGAACUUGGCAUUCUCUUAUAGACAUAAACUUGUCAGAUCUGAUUCUAUUUGUUUUUUGUGGUAAAAGUGACAUUAGGAUGCGCUAAUGAUCAGAACCGUAAUCAAGUCAGCAUCAUAGUCAGGUUAGUCAGGUCACGAAGGAAUACCUCAGUCACAGCUCGUUUAAAGUUUCGCUUGACGUGACACUAGACUUGCAAUUAUUUACUUGGAACGCGACUUGUGUUUGACUUGUAAUGAUUUGAGAACUAGGAUUUAAUUUGUUGACAAGAAAUGCCCCGACACUGUGGAGAGAUUCCCAUAGUUGAAUUCAAAACAAAUCAAGCAAUUGUGUAAGCCUUGUCAUUUGAGUGUAAAUAUUGUAUUUAUCUCAUUUAUAAUUGGGAAAACGUCAUGUACAUACACUUUAGAUUUGUGUGAAUAGUUUUUGUGUUCCAACCAAAUCAACAUGUAAAUGUCAUUGAAUGUAAAUUUCAUUUAAUCCAUCAUCAAACUGUAAGGAUGUGCCAGCCAGUGCUGAAGUUGAGUCCAUGACGAGUCCAUCACAGGUCCUUCAGUCUCAAGUCAAGUCACUAGCUAUUCAAAUGAACUCACAAAAGCAUUCAUUGUCAUUGUUCAUCCCCUGUGACUUGUUACUAGACUUGUGAUGCACCUGUGAUGGUCUGGACAACACUGGCUGCAGCUUCCAUGGACCAUGGCAGACAGUGCUGUACAUCUGUGUCGGGGAGUGGGGGGAUGGGGAAUAUUAACCAAAAUCCAAUAAUUGGGGGGGGGGGGGGGGUGGGGGCUUACUUACUGGGCACUAUAUUACACAAGGGGGCGCUGUUCAGGAUACAGAUGUACUUUUUAUGUACACUAACCCGCCUUAACCUUGCAUCCAAAUGGCAUAUAUUAAAGCUUUUGUACCUUUAGUCUCUGUUCCUCAGCGCUAUUGAAUACACUUUGGUUUUUUUGAAGUUCGCAAAAUACAUUAAAAUCCGCCUGUUUUGUUUCUCACCACGAAAAAGGUCAGAAGGUGUGGGAUAUCUAUCCUCCCCCCCCCCCCCCCCCCCCCCCCCCCCCCCCGGAUUUACUCCCCUGAUGUCGGACUUGUUUGUAGUAUUGCAUGGUGCAAGGUCAUGUGAUUUUCACCAGGAAAAGCAAAUGACUCUUUUCUCAGCGUAUACAACUGUUUACAUUAACCUGCAUGGGCUCCGUGCGCCAACAAAAGUUUUUACCGCUUUUGAGAGCUCCGUGGACGGGACACACAGCAUGCGUGUAUUGUAUUGAUUCGCGCGCGAAGUACGCACGACCUCCAGAAUGUGCAAAAGCUUAGCCACCGCAUCUUCGCGUGAGCGUCGGGCGUCGUCGGCGCGCGAAUACGUUCAAAUUCAACUUGCGGUGGUCUCCGAGACUAAUCCCCGCCUCCACUAAUUCUGGAUACAUUCGAAAUACACAGUGGAUGGAUCGGGAACCAGUCUAGGUCACCCCCAACUCUCCUUUUCUGGUCGUUGAUGGGGUGCUUGUGCACGGAGCCCAUACUGUGUGGAAGUCAAAAGAGACUUAGAUGGUAGUUUUGCCUGCCAGUAGUUGGUAGGCAUGUAAUCACCGGUACCAUGGUCUGUAGUUUGAUGUCUCUGCUCAAAGCAGCCCAAGACUUUAAAUUCUUUCCAAUCUUGUUAUGAAUCAUCAAAUUUACCAAAGGAAAUGUGGUUUUCCCCAGAAAGAAUGACCAUAAAACCUAAGCACCUUGCAUUGUUUUCAAUUUGGUUUGAAAAGCUUUGAAGUCUCUGGAAACAAUCAAACAUUGAAUAUCAGAAACAUUUGCAACUUUGUCUCAGAGAAAUUUGUUUGUACAUGUAUUAAAGGCAAGCCCUUAAAACUUGACUAUUUUUAUUAAAAUAGUUUUUUUCUUUUUAAGUUAGUCCAUACAAGUUUGAAGUUUGAAAAAAAAAUUUUUCCCUAUUUUCCUACAAGUUGACCCCUUUCUUUGUUUUGGAGAAAAUCCAAUCUUUGCAAAAUUUUAAUAAAAUGUUAGCCUAACCCAAUUUUUCUCUUUUUUUUUUAUCAAAAUGUAUGGCUAUUCUCUUAUCCUUAUAUUUUUAAGAAAAACAAGCAAACAUUUUGACCAGUUUUGAUUGAAAUGUCAGGUUCACCGUUAACAAUUCAAAUUUUUUUGUAAGAAUAGAAAUUUUGCUCUAUUAUUAAUAAAAAGAAAUGUAAGGAUUUUUUUGAUUUUUUGGUGGUCCCAGAGGGCCAGCCUAGGGCAAGAUGAAAGAACAAUUGUUGACCAUUGGUUGACCAUAGUUCAACUAAAGUUAGCCUGAACUCUGUCUAGUUGAUGAUGGUUCACUCCCCAGUCGACUAUUUGGAACCAGCCUACCGCGGCUGGUCACACAACGAUUUAUAGCUGGUUAUCAAUAGCAAUUUCAAAAACCCAGUGCAAAGCGGACCAAGUAUCAACAAAAAUGGCGGGGAAAAAAAACUGUGAGCGCUAAAUUUCAUUUUCAUUGCACAGUUUUUCCAUGUUAGUUCAUGAUUAUGUCCCUUUUAUCACCAUUGUAUAAUAAUAUUGAAGAUUAUGUAAGAUGUCCUAAACUAUACACAAUCACUAUUAUUUGUGUAAAUAAAGAGAAACAACAAGUGUUAAA